UACUGUUGGCACCUUAUUCCGCGCAGACACCUGGUGACAGGAUCUCUAUGGCGACUUUACAACUCUCACAACACCUGUGGGCGGUUUAACAAAGGGUUAACUAUGGGUGUUCCCAUUUCCUGCUCUGCUCUCAGUCCCAGUCUCUAAUCCCUCUCACUCUCUCCUCUCUUUACUACCAAGGAGCUUUGGAGAGACUCAAGAGCAAGACCUAUAUAUAAACAUUGGUAGUCUUCAAAUUUGAAGGAAUUUGAACUAUUGUCAGCUCCCGAGGAAGACUCUGUCAAUCGGCACGUCAUUUCAAGAAGUGAAAGAGGAGUGUCCCAGUCUUCAGUAAAAGCAGAACAAACACAGCAGCCACAAUGGAACUUCAGAAGAUAAACGGACACAGCAGGGAUGAUGGGUUUGAUGGGCUCGACGCUUUGGCAGAACACGAGGAGUUCCUCCCACAUAAAACCGGAGCCAAGAAAGAAGUUCACUUCACAGACUUUGAGGGAAAGACUUCAUUCGGCAUGUCCAUCUUUAACCUCAGUAACGCCAUUAUGGGCAGCGGAAUUCUGGGAUUGGCUUAUGCCAUGUCCAACACCGGAAUUGUCCUUUUUAUAAUCCUGUUAGUAUUCAUUGCAAUACUGUCGGCAUAUUCAAUCCAUCUCCUGCUCAAAAGCGCCGGAGUUGUAGGCAUACGGGCGUAUGAGCAGCUUGGGAACCGUGCUUUUGGCCAUCCAGGAAAGAUGCUGGCUGGCAGCAUUAUAACAGUGCACAAUAUAGGAGCAAUGUCCAGCUAUCUCUUCAUUGUAAAGUCUGAGCUGCCGCUUGUGAUGCAGGCCUUCCUCGGUAAAACUGAGAACACGGGAGAGUGGUUCUUGAAUGGAAACUACCUGAUCAUCAUUGUUAGUGCCCUCGUCAUUCUACCCCUAGCACUCAUGAGACAGCUUGGUUACCUUGGCUACACGAGUGGUUUCUCACUCUCCUGUAUGGCGUUCUUUCUUAUUUCGGUUAUUUACAAGAAAUUCAACAUCGAAUGUCCACUUGGAAACCAACCACAGAAUGCCACAAACUGCACUGUAGAAGACUGCUGUACGGCCAAGCUGUAUACCAUCAACCCUCAGACAGCAUACACCAUUCCAAUCCUGGCGUUUGCGUUCGUUUGCCACCCAGAGGUGCUACCAAUCUACACCGAACUACGAAAUGCCACCAAGAAGCGCAUGCAGACUGUUGCCAACAUCUCCAUCCUGGCCAUGUUCGUCAUGUACCUGCUGACUGCUCUCUUCGGUUACCUGACCUUUUACAGCAAUGUGGACUCGGAGCUGUUGCACACUUACAUUAAGGUGGACCCCCUGGAUGUCCUGGUUCUCUGCGUGCGCCUGGCUGUGCUGGUGGCCGUCACUCUCACUGUCCCUGUGGUUCUCUUCCCGAUCCGCAGGGCCUUGCUUCAGAUCUUGUUCCCUGACAAGCCUUUCCACUGGGCCAGACACAUCGCCAUUGCAUUUUGCCUCAUCUUCGUGGUGAACCUGCUUGUUAUAUUUGUGCCUUCCAUCCGCGACAUCUUUGGAAUCAUCGGAGCCACAUCCGCCCCCAGUCUUAUUUUCAUCCUUCCUGCAAUCUUCUACAUUCGUAUUGUCCCUGAAGAUCAGGAGCCCCUGAGGUCAAGACCCAAGAUUCAGGCUGCAUGCUUUGCCGCACUGGGAUUCAUCUUUAUGAUCAUGAGCAUGACAUUUAUCAUCCUUGACUGGGUGACCGGUGAGUCCCGGAGUGGAGGCGGACACUAGCAGGGCCUUACCUGCCGUCACAGAACAGAGUACGACAGAGUGUCAGCCAAAAACUCUCCAUUUAAUCAAAUUGCCCCGAUCUACUGAGUUUUCAUCCCAACUGAAACAACACAGUGUUGCAGCGAAAGACAAACGAAUAAAAGUGAGGAACCUUUGCAACCAUUGAACUUCGGAAAAUGCUUUGUCAGAGGAUUUGGCAAAAACAAAAAAACCACAAAGGUCCUGUAGUCGAGGGGAAAGCACCGAAUGAUGCGCCCAGAGCCAGCACAACCUGCCACAGCCCAGAGUACAGAAGCUGGCAGGGGUCACGUCUAGAAAGACAGCAAAAAGAUGAACGGGAACAGCAUGACUAAAAUGGAAGUCCCAUUUUAGAGUAUGGAUGCAAACUGUUCCAUGGAAUAGCUCAGUCACUCAACAAACUUCCAAUCUACUUCCCUGCCUUCCCAGAUUUUAGAGGACACGCGUUUUGCUUUUUCGACCGUCAAAAUCAGACUUAUCAGUGCAUAAGUUCUAUUGCUAUUGAUUAUAGUGUCAAGAUUGUCCGCCAAAUUUUCCCCCCAAAAAAAACCUUGCCCGAAUAUUUUUUGCCCAUAAAGUCGAAAUAAUUUGUUUGUCAGAUAUAUUUCUCUUUUAGUCCUAUUUAUCCAUAUUGCUAAUCAGGUUUGGAGAGAUAAUUGAGGAAUAUAUAUCAAGAAUGAGACACAUUUUUGCUCACACGCAACACUGUUAAACGAUGAGAGCCCCAAUCAAUUAACUUUUUCAAUGAAUAUAUCAUUUUCUAUGAAAUCGAGUUAAAUUAAAUAGAUUUCUUUGUUUUCUGUAUUUGUUUUUUGUACAUUUUCUGUCAUUAAACAUGGCAGAUGUAAAGGUGAACUUCUUCAAAGCUUUGUCUGAGGUAACCAAGCUGCUGUUCACGGAGGUUAAAUAGAGUUCUUGACAAUCAUGUGAGCCAACACAUAGAAACAAUUUGCACAAGGAAAACAAAGUUUGUAUAUUAGUCUAGUUGCAAACCAAAGACUAUAUUUAUUGUGUCACCUCAAGAGAGAACAGAGGUUUUUAUUUUUGUUUUUGUCACGUUCGGCUAAACCAGCACAAUGGUACAUUUAAGACAUCCAGUGUUAGAAAAGCUAUUCCAGCUUGUCCCUGCAACUAUUCAGUAUCUUGAAGAACUACGUAUUCACACAAUGAAAUAAAAACAGAUGGAUUUUUUUUUCUCACUUUAUCUUUAUUUGACAAUUCUUGUCCCCCUUUGCUAUUGAGCCUGUACAUUUUCAAAUGUAUUUGAAUGUUGUUUUCUGUCAAUAAAAUUUGUUUUUUCUUUGUAUAAAUAUUUGAUGUUGCUUUUUUAACGCUGACACAUCCGAGUC